ACGUCAAAUAUUGUGACGUUGUGUAAUGUAAUCACAUUAUCAAAAUUACGUCAAAAUUUUUACUAAUUUUAUCCAGGUUUUCGGCUACUGAACAGUAAUUUAGUAGGUAAAAGGAGGAGAAACUUUCUUGUCAUUCAGUUUUUAUCCUGUCGUUACACAAAAUGUUUUCUCGUAGUCUUAGAGUUUCAAGUUCUCUUCAAGGAAAUUUGAGGAAUUUCGGUACAACUAAACAGUGCAAUGUAAAAGUAGCAGUUGCUGGAGCUAGUGGUGGUAUUGGCCAACCUCUGUCCCUUCUACUGAAACAAAAUCCUCUUGUAACAGAGCUGUCUUUGUAUGAUAUUGUGAACACUCCAGGUGUAGCUGCUGAUCUCUCACAUAUUAACAGCCCAGCAAAAGUGAAGGCAUAUAAUGGAGCAGAAGCUUUAAAAGAAGCUUUUAGUUGUGCUGAAGUAAUUAUAAUACCCGCAGGUGUACCAAGAAAACCUGGUAUGACACGUGACGAUCUCUUUAAUACGAAUGCAUCUAUUGUGAGGGACUUAGCUGUAGCUGCUGCUGAAGUUGCCCCAAAAGCCUUAAUUGGUAUUAUUUCAAAUCCAGUUAAUUCUACAGUGCCCAUAGCAUCUGAAGUGUUCAUUAAAGCUGGAAAUUACGAUCCAAAGAGAAUUUUUGGAGUGACAACAUUGGAUGUUGUACGAGCAAACACGUUCAUUGCAGAAGCUAAAAACCUUGACCCAAUUAAGACGAACGUGCCCGUUAUUGGGGGUCACGCAGGAAUCACCAUCAUCCCCUUGAUUUCGCAGGCAACUCCGAAAGUGUCGUUCCCUGCAGAUCAGCUCAAGGCACUCACAGAAAGGAUACAGGAAGCUGGAACAGAAGUAGUGAAAGCCAAAGCUGGAACAGGGUCUGCGACCCUUUCAAUGGCCUUCGCUGGCGCUAGGUUUGCAAUCUCCCUUAUUCGUGGUCUAAGAGGCGAAUCGAACGUAAUUGAAUGCGCUUACGUAAGGUCGGAUGUAACAGAAGCGAAAUACUUCUCCACCCCCAUCUUAUUAGGCCCCAAUGGUGUCGAAAAGAACCUAGGACUUGGCCCAUUAAGCGAUUUUGAAAAAGAACUUGUUAAAGCUGCAGUUCCCGAACUUAAGAAGAACAUAGAAAAAGGAGAAAAAUUCGUCAAGGGUUAAAUAUAUCCUCUUUAUUAAAACGAAAAUGUAUUUAAAAAUAUAUCGUAUACAUGUAAAUUUUACUUACACAUCUUUUUUUAUGUUUUAAUAUACGAAUAUACUUGUUGAAUGUUUAGUUCAGUAUCGGAAACUAAAUUGUAAAAAAUAUCUGUAAAAUACAUCGAUGAAAAUAAAUAAUUGUAUCAGUA